GCAGAAUGCCAACAGCGCCACCUAUAAUCGACUUCCGAGCCUACUACGACACCAACUCGGAAACGAAAGCAUCACUCGUCCAGCAGAUCCGAGAAGCGUGCGAGCGACACGGAUUCUUCCAGGUAUUCAACCACGGUAUUCCGCUUGAUAUUCAGUACGAUGUUCUCGAGCAGGCCCGAAAUCUCUUUAGUCUCCCGGUGGAAGUGAAAGAAAAAUACAGCAUGGACAUCGGCACACCCAACCUGGGGUACGAGCGCCUCCGGGCCCAGAAUUUCGAAAAGCGAGGCCCCGGAGACCUGAAAGAAGGAUUCUAUUUGUGCAGGGACCUACCGCCGGACCAUCCCGCCGUGCAAGCCGGGAAGUUCUCACAAGGCGCGAACAAGUAUCCCGCCGAAGUCAGAGAUCCCGCGCGUUUCCGCCAGGUCGUGAAUGACUACCAUAACCUCAUGACUGAUCUGUCACUGAAGAUCUUUCGGAUCAUAGCCUUGACACUGCAGUUGGAGGAGAAUUGGUUCGACGAGUUCUGCCGGGACUCCGCGACGAUCCUGCGCCUGUUGCGUUAUCCGCCGCAGGAGACCGACAAGUCGAGCUUGGAGCGCGUUCAAUGCGCAGGCAUCGGCGCACAUACGGACUUUGGCGGCCUCACCAUCCUGCUGCAAGACGAGAAAGGCGGACUCCAGGUCUGGGACCGCGAAGCAUCGCAAUGGGCAGAUGUAGUCCCUGUUCCCGGUGCGUUGGUGGUCAACCUGGGCAACAUGAUGAUGCGCUGGACCAACGAUCAGUACUUAUCGAAUCUGCACCGGGUGAUCAACAAGAGCGAGGAGGAACGAUACAGCGCGCCGUUCUUCUUCUCCGGGAAUCCGGACUUUCGGGUGGAGUGCAUCCCGAGUUGUAAAGGGGAGACCGAGGAGGCCAAGUACCCUCCUAUCACGGUGCAGGAGUGGAUGUUGGCGCGGUAUGCGGACACGUAUGGGAGUUCGCGGCAGGGCGAAGCGAUGGUGGAGUUGUCACAAGAGACGGAGAAUGCUAUCGCUUGAAACUGGAUGUUGUGCCUCCUUGACAGGAAUCACUGUGCACGUGGAUCGGAUUUCAGCUUCGUCUUUGAUGGUUACAUGUGAGAGUGGGUCAUCCCGGGAUCUCGUUCACGACCUUAUUUUGGUUCUUUCGUCUCAAUAUCUGUAUCGUCGAAAAGAGCCUGGAGAGGCAUGUGGGACAACUCUACGUUCCCUGCAUUGUACUUGUGCUUUGGUUGAUUCUCGAGUUGAUUUACAAGGGGGCUGAUUUUGACCGUGUCCUCCCUCGGCCCUCAUGGUAUAUAAUUUCCCGUCAUCUUGUGAAGUUUGCGC